AUGAUGUGCAUGCAAACUGUCAUCGUAGAAGUGAAACAAAUUACUGGUAAUGGUAGACGUGCUUUGAGCUAUCAAUGGCAAAUGAAGAACGUAACGUCACAAAUGUCAGCUCUCUUGGCAAAAGAGUCUGGUCGAACGCUGUCGUUUCCAUCGAAACUGCUAACCUCCGAAGCCGCAGUCGCUGUCACUGCUUGCAACUUUGUGAAUGAGUGCACGACUAGCGAGGACGUCCUUCUGCAGCCCGUAACAGCAGCGGCGACGCUGUCACUCUCCCUCGGCGGUAGUUUGGGACUGCGCACUCUGACGCCCUCAAUGGCUGUGCGUCUUCGAGCACUUCCAGAACUUACACGCUGCAAUUCCUCGCUUACAGUAGUCCCAAAUGAUGCUCAGUACAACUGGUUUUUGGAUCACAUUUUCGUGACGAACGAUGAUAGCUACCGUAUCCCGGCCUUCACCUACGAAGCAGGAGAUUCUGUGGAAGUCAGAGUUGAGGUGAACUAUAAAGAUCCUUCGAGCAGUCAACAUCUCAGCGCAACAACUGAGGAGACAUUAGUGUACGUCGCAGAAAAGCUGGUCACUACAGUUGAUGCCAUAUCACGGUCAAUCGCCAGUGAUGCUGCUGUCGUCCUCGAUGCGUCGCAAUCGAAAAAUCCGAACGUGAAGGAUGGCUCAGUCACUCACGAAUGGACUUGCUUCAACGAGACUUCACAGAAUAAUUAA